CUGUCCUUUGAAGGGCUCCCGGAGGAGGCAUUUGAGCAUCUGACCAACCUCAAUUACCUGUACCUGGCCAAUAACAAGCUGACCUUGGCACCCCGGUUCCUGCCAAAUGCCCUGAUCAGUGUGGACUUUGCUGCCAACUAUCUCACCAAGAUCUACGGGCUCACCUUUGGCCAGAAGCCAAACUUGAGGUCUGUGUACCUGCACAACAACAAGCUGGCGGAUGCUGGGCUGCCGGACAACAUGUUCAAUGGCUCUGGCAACGUGGAGAUCCUCAUCCUGUCCAGCAACUUCCUGCGCCACGUGCCCAAGCACCUGCCACCUGCCCUCUACAAGCUGCACCUCAAGAACAACAAGCUGGAGAAGAUCCCACCAGGGGCCUUCAGUGAGCUGAGCAACCUGCGUGAGCUGUACCUGCAGAACAACUACCUGACUGAUGAGGGCCUAGACAACGAGACCUUCUGGAAGCUCUCCAGCCUGGAGUACCUGGAUCUGUCCAGCAACAACCUGUCGCGGGUCCCGGCAGGGCUGCCGCGCAGCCUGGUGCUGCUGCACCUGGAGAAGAACGCCAUCCGGAGCGUGGACGCAGACGUGCUGACCCCCAUCCGCAGCCUCGAGUACCUGCUGCUGCACAGCAACCAGCUGCGCGCGCAGGGCAUCCACCCGCGGGCGUUCCAGGGCCUCAAACGGCUGCACACAGUGCACCUGUACAACAACGCGCUGGAGCGCGUGCCCAGCGGCCUGCCCCGCCGCGUGCGCACCCUCAUGAUCCUGCACAACCAGAUUACCGGCAUCGGACGCGACGACUUUGCCACCACCUACUUCCUGGAGGAGCUCAACCUCAGCUACAACCGCAUCACCAGCCCGCAGGUGCACCGCGAUGCCUUCCGUAAGCUGCGCCUGCUGCGCUCCCUGGACCUGUCAGGCAACCGGCUGCGCACGCUGCCGCCCGGGCUGCCGCGCAACGUGCACGUGCUGAAGAUCAAGCGCAAUGAGCUGGCCGCCCUGGCGCGCGGGGCCCUGGCUGGCAUGGCCCAGCUGCGGGAGCUCUACCUCACGGGCAACCGGCUGCGCAGCCGGGCCCUGGCCCCCCGUGCCUGGGCCGACCUCGCUGGUCUGCAGCUGCUCGACAUCGCCGGGAAUCAGCUCACGGAUAUCCCUGAGAGGCUCCCCGAGUCGCUCGAGUACCUGUACCUGCAGAACAACAAGAUUAGUACUGUGCCCGCCAAUGCCUUUGACUCCACACCCAACCUCAAAGGGAUCUUUCUCAGGUUUAACAAGCUGGCCGUGGGCUCUGUCGUGGAAAGUGCCUUCCGGAGGCUGAAGCACCUGCAGGUCUUGGACAUAGAAGGCAACCAUGAGUAUGGUGACAUUUCCAAGGACCGGGGCCGGUUGGAAGAGGAAAAGGAGGAGGAGGACAAGGAAGAGGAGGACGAGGAGGAAGAGGAAAGGUGGUAGUGACAGGGUAACCGGAUCUGACAUAGGAUGACGGACCGCUGGAGCCUUUCUGCAGCACGUGCCUGAGCCUUGUGCGUCCCCACUCUGCCUCGCUCACAGACACACCCAGCGCAGCACCUGCCGGGCCCCCGCUCCGCACACAGGCUGGACCCGGUCUCCCACACCCACCCCUUCCUGCAGCUCAUCCGCAGCCAGACACAUGCAGACACCGCACCCACACACACCACACAGCUGCACAUCAAUGUCCCACUUUCGCCCCACACCCAACACCGCCAUCACUCCCUGAGUCCUGCAGACUCGAUGAAGGGUCUGACCUGCCCUGGCACUCCUGGGUACCUGUUCCCUGCCCCGUGGACACACGUACAUACACACACAUACACGAGUCACAUGCACACAGCCCUCCUUGGCCUAUGCCGCCAAGAGCUCUCGCCCCAGCCAGAAAUGGCCAGAGCAGCUUGCUGUCUGACUGUCUGCCCGUCCGUCUGUCCCUUGCGGAAGACACAGAGUUACCUCCAUCCUCUCUGCGGCCAGGUGCCUGCACCCUCUGGAAUUCACAAAAGCUGGCUUUUGUUCCUUUCCCUCCAUUUGGGGACAGGAACCUUCAGGACUGCUGCUCUGGCCCGCCCACCCUGCUCCCCACCACUGGGGCCCAGGCCCCGGCCGGCUGCAGGCACGUCUUUGAUGGGCCAGCCCCCACUGAGGCCAGAGGGAAGGUCUGGGGCCGCUAGGGCCCUGGGGCUGGAACUAGGCGGAGGCCAUGGGGCUGGGCACAGCAAGAGUGAAGGGCCCAGCUGCACCGAUGAGAGAACUUUUUUAUUCUUUGGGCCUGAGGGGAGUUCUGGGUGCCUUUGGUUUUUUUAUUCUUUUUUAAGGAAAAAAAAAAUGAUAAAAACUUCAAAGCAGAUUUCUCUUGUUACAGAAAAACUAAUAUAAAAGCAUUACCCCAG